UCCGGCCGGAGGGGGCGGAGCCGGCCCGGCAAGAUGGCGCCGUCCGCGUGGGUGCGCUCCUUCUCCAGGCUGCUGGCCCCGGCCCGGCUCCCGAGCGGCUCGGCCGCGCGGUCAAAGUUCUAUGUUCGGGAGCCGCUACACGACAAGCCCGACUGGCUGAAAGUUGGGUUGACCUUGGGCACUUCCGUCUUCUUGUGGAUCUGUCUCAUCAGACAACAUAAUGAAGAUGUUUUAGAGUAUAAAAGAAGAAAUGGGUUGGAAUAAACUUUUUAAAUACUAAUACAGUAUGCUCCAAAUAGCGAUUAAAGCAUUUCCAAUCUGUUGAGUUGGAAACGUAAGAGAAAAGUUAUAUGUGAAUGUAUGUUGUCAGCAUUUGUGUUUUGCAUCAUUAAAUGAAAAAAUAAAAAUAAA